AUGGAUCCACUUGCUCCGCCCUACGGUACACACCAGAGCCAGACGGCUGCCCCCCUCAGCCGAAGCGCGACACCGACGAACGGCGCAGACCCCGAUCCGAGCGUGAAUGAAACGACGCAAACCAGUAAGGAGGACGCCAUGAGGAGCCUCGAUGAGCUCAUGGAGCAGGAGAGACAAGCGAACGAACUAAGAGUCCAGGAAAUGGCGAAUGGACAGGACGGUGUGGAUGAAGCAACGCCGAUCGCGACGCCCGCGUCCCAGCAGACACGCCGGGCUGAAGCGCAAAUGGCCUCGCCCGACCCGUUCAUUGUCACCCCCGCACGUGGGCAACGUAUCGCACGUCCCUUCGCCCCCCUGCUUGGGUACGAAAUGGAGAGUACUCAGGAGCAGUCGAAGGCAAGCACCGAGCAAGAGGACUGGCUCCAGGAGCUAACCUCGGACGCGGGCUCGUCACAGAAUACAACUCCAACGGAGAGACCGAGGCCGGAGACUGUCGGGGCGAACAGGAUCACCCACCGACCAGGCCAAUCAACCCACAUUGCUGCCACCGCACCGCCCGAGAGACCUCUGAAGAGACUUAGAACUGAAAUGUCUCCGGAGACACCCUCGCACAGCGCGAGAUCGUCGCUCGCGGCCGUACCACACACCCAGACCAACAACGUCGACAUGAACCAGAACACUGCCGUUACCGCCGUGCGAGCUGGGACGUCGUCGACUGAUGAGCCACUGCCGCAGUAUACGCCGCCGAAUCAAGAGGUCGCGGUGAAUAGGUCGGACGUCUUCGGGUUUCUCGCCGACGCGGUCAACGUCUGGAUAGCCCAAGGCCCUAUGAAAAAUGGGGACGCACCCCCAGCCCCGUACGACGGUAGCGACAUCGAACGUCUGAUUGAGGCAUGCGCCUCAAGCACGCAGCAAGAGGCGCCCGCGCACACGAUGGCACUGUCCUACAGCAUGACGAGCGAGAGCACCCAAACGAUCUCUAAUCCCGCUCUCCCCGGCAUCUACCAGAGCGAUCACGCGGCACGACAGCACACGCAGCACGCGGCGUCGUACCCGCGAGCGAACUUCCAACUCGUGCGCCACGACAGGAGGGCAGCCGCUGAUAUCGGGGAGUAUCAAGUGACGGGCGUGGACACGGGAGAAGCACCCGAGAGCAUGGAUGUCGAUCCCAACCCAUCCCGGGCGCACCAGCGGGGCUCGCACGGGACCGAAGUAGCGGCCCCGCAGCACCCCGCGGCGCCGGGAUCGGGCACCGAGGACUCGUGGCCGCCCCUCGCAAAUUUCCGGACGAGCUUGGACAGAGUCAGGUUCCUAAACACGAGCGGAAUCAUCCGUGUUGUCGAACGCAUGCUAAGCAGCUACCCAGAGCGCCACCGCAGAGGGCCCUUCGACAUCACAAACAACCUCAGCGCAGCAACCUUGCGCGCGUGGGACAACGAGCGGCCGAACCAGCGGUGCCUCGUUAGCUUCUACAAAGGGAAGGUCCUCAUGUCGGAAGAAGACGUGGAGUUCUAUCGAAGCAUCAUUCGGGCCGUGUUUAAGGAAGCUACGGGAGAAACCGCCUUCAUCGUCUACUCCCCGAAGAUCGCACCCAGGCGCGACCGGUGGGACAGCGCGAGGUUCUUCCCUGUCCUGAACUGCUCCCCACACGCGACGCGCAUCCUUUUCGAGCAGAAUGGAUGGUCUACCCCCUUCGGCUCUGUCUUCAUCGACAUCGAACUCGAACGCAUCCCCUUCUACAUGUACACUCUCGACGGCUUCGCUAACGUCCUGGAGCGCGAGAACCUGCUCGCUACGCAAGUUGAAGGCUACCUACGAGACAAGGACGCGCAAGCCAUCACUAGGGCACUCGUAAUGCACGACGUCAACCCUCCGAACGACGUAAACAGGCGCGUCACCGAGAUUCUGAGCCGUAUCGUCGUAAGCAUCGUCGACUAUGGGGCGCGCGACAAGCAGGGGAAGCGACCGAUAGUCGCGAACAUCCACUGCGCGCCGCCGACGGAGGAUCCGGUUCUCUGGGAAGAGUGGCGCGAUGGGCUUCAAGCUCUGGGCGCACCAACGUCCUUCGGUAUCGGAAAGGUGCGCAAGCAUAUGAGGUGCGACACGUGCCACGGCGCCGACCAUCCGACACACAUCUGCCCGUACGACAAGCUUGGCUGGUACGACACCCCCAACCCUCCCCGAGCUAAGCGCGGCGCGCCGCGCGUGCAGUCCCAGACUGCCCCGCCCCAAGGGAAUCGGACCCAGCCUGGAAGGCAAGGAUGGGCUGGGGAAGACGGGGGACAAGGAGGACUUGCGCCCCACGUCGCGCAGCACCUGCCCUCGCACGCUCAGCAACCACCGCAAGUGCAGCAGACCUUGAGGCCUCCCUACAGCGGCGCGCCGCUCUACGGGAACUUACCACCGCGAUACGGAGCGCAGCCCACGAACGACGUAGAGGCCCGCGGCAGCACAAGGCACUCUGGGGGUGCGCCCGUGUACGGGACCAACCACGUAGGGGGGUACGGCGGAGCACCGCGAGGCGAGAGCACGCACAACUACAACGCCGCGCACGACUUCACUGCCCCGACAACGAGCGGCAACGCGCACUCCUUCAACGCUCCGCAGACAUACGGCGGAGUACCUGCACCGAUGGCCGCGCCUGUGAAUGCGCAUGCGCGAACUAGCCAGCCAGCCUACGGAGGAGCGUACCCACACGGGACCUCGCUGCCUUUCAACGACCCGCAAGCGUACGGGCGCGUGGACGUCCCGCAGCAUCUCGGGGGCGCGCAUCAGCCCAACCAACACCAGCCGCAGAGGAACGCGAGCUAUGAGAACCAAGGACGCCCAACGCACGCACCACGCUACGAACAAGCGAGCCGCGCGUCGCAAAGUGUCCCUCCGGCUCAACCCUUCAUGCCUUGCACGCUGAACGGGGAGCAGAGGAGGAACAACAACGGCUGA